AUGAAGAGAAACAGUUUCACUCAAGAUAUCGAUUCCAAAAGACCAAAGUUAGAAGAAGAAGACGUUAAUAUGUCAGCAGAUCAAGAACAACAAAAGAAAGAAGACUUCUUCGCCCCAGUUGGUGAAGCUGCUGAAGAAGUUGAUCAAAGUAGAGAAUUUAAUGAUGAAGGUAUCCGUCAAACAGGGGCUCAAGAUGCUGAAGGUCAUCCAGUUCAAGAAAUUCAAUCAUUAUGUAUGAAUUGUCAUGAAAAUGGUAUUACUAGAUUAUUACUUACAAGAAUCCCAUAUUUUAGAGAAGUUAUUAUUGUUUCUUUCAAUUGUGAUCAUUGUGGGUUUAAAAAUUCUGAAAUUCAACCAGCUUCAAGUAUUCAAGAAAAAGGUUCUAAAUAUGUUUUAAAAAUUGAAAAUAAAGAAGAUUUUAAUAGACAAGUUGUUAAAUCUGAAACAGCUUCAUCAAAAUUUGUUGAAUUAGAUUUCGAAAUCCCACCAAAAAGAGGUCAAUUAACAAACAUUGAAGGUUUACUUACAGAAAUGAUUUCUGAUUUAGAAGCUGAUCAACCAGCUAGAAAAGAAGUUGACGAAACUUUACACAACAAAAUUGAUGAAUUUAUACAGAAGAUUAAAUCAACUUUGAAUGGUGAUGAAGGUAGAUUACCAAUCACUUUUGAAUUAGAUGAUCCAGCUGGUAAUUCAUGGAUUGAAUUCAUUCCAAAUGAAGCUGCUCAUAAAUGGUCACAUUCUGAAUAUAUUAGAUCAGAUGAACAAAAUGUUUUAAUUGGUAUAAUUACACAAGAUCAAUUAGAUGAUAUCCGUAUAAAGAGAGCUCAAGAAUUAGCUGCUAAUAAAGAUCGUAAUCCAACUUCAACUGGAUUCAUCUCUGAUCAAACUGAUAUUGAAAAUUUUGAAAAUGAAGUUCAAACUUUUGCUGCAACUUGUCCAACUUGUUAUGUUCCAUGUGAAACUCAUAUGAAAGUUGUUAAUAUUCCACAUUUCAAAGAUGUUAUUAUUAUGAGUACUGUUUGUCAAAGUUGUGGUUAUAAAUCAAAUGAAGUUAAAACUGGUGGUGCUAUCCCAGAAAAAGGUCGUCGUAUUACUUUACACAUUGAAGAACCAGAAGAUUUAGCAAGAGAUAUCUUAAAAUCUGAAAGUUGUGGAUUAAGUAUACCUGAAUUAAACUUGGAAUUAAAUCCAGGUACUUUAGGUGGUCGUUUCACUACUAUUGAAGGUUUAUUAACUCAAGUUCUUGAAGAAUUACAUGGUAGAGUCUUUACUGAAACUUCAGAUUCAAUGGAUGAAACUGCAAAAUCUCGUUGGACUGGAUUUUUCGAAAAUUUACAAGAAGCUAUUGAUGGUAAAAAGAAAUUCACUGUUAAAAUGGAAGAUCCUUUAGCUGGUUCUUAUAUUCAAAAUGUUUAUGCUCCAGAUGAUGAUCCAAAUAUGGAAAUUGAAGAUUAUGAAAGAACUUUUGAACAAAAUGAAGAUUUAGGUUUGAAUGAUAUGAAAGUUUAA